CGCGCCCCAUAACUCUGCUGCUGCAGCCUGAGGAGCGCGAGACACUCAGGCCCCGAAAAAAGAAAAAUUAGAGAAAAAAUUGGGAAAAAAUAGUAAAACAACAGAUCAAGAGGAAACAGACCGGGGACGGUGGUGUUGGGGCUCCCACGGUUGAAGGUUGAAGAUGAUGAGAACUAUUGCCACAUAAUCGGCCCCAGUCAUGGCAGGUGGGCCUGGAUGAGAGCGUGAAGGUAAACGUGGAAAAAAACCAGCAAAGCACUUACUUUUCUUUUGGGAGCCAAGGUUUCAGCACAUACAAAAGGAUAGCAGACUAUUUAAAAGAGUAUACGCUACCUUACACGCCACCGCAAUAUUGAACCAGAGCCCGGAAGGCAGGGCAGCCACGGCCGAGUUUCAAUGGCAACGGCACCCUAGGGCUGCCAUGGCAGCCACCGCCGAUGCCCCUCACCACAUUGCCACUCUGACGCUGGAGGACAAGGAACGAAGAGCCGCCACCAAAGUGUUUGGAGGUACCUCUGCAGGGAGGUCGGAAAGAGAGAUCGAGAACGAGAGAGAGAGUGAGAGGGAAGGGAGAGGCAGUGGGAACGAGUGUUUGGUGUGCGGUUCCCUCUUCAGUUCGCAGGAUAAGCUCCGGAUCCACGCUUUCUGUCACGCAGGAGCGAAACCUUUCCUCUGUUCCCAGCCUCAUUGUCCCAAGGCUUUCAGUUCCAAAUAUAAGCUCUUUAGGCAUAUGGCCACACACUCCCCACAGAAGACUCACCAGUGCUCAUUUUGUGAGAAGAUGUUUCACCGCAAAGAUCACCUAAAAAACCACCUGCAGACUCACGACCCCAACAAAGAGGCCUUUAAGUGCGAGGAGUGUGGCAAACACUAUAACACGAAGUUGGGCUACAAGCGCCACAUGGCCAUGCACUCAGCCACAGCUGGUGAUUUGACCUGCAAGGUGUGUUUGCAAAGCUACGAGAGCACACCUGCACUCCUGGAGCACCUCAAGAGCCACUCAGGCAAGUCGUCUGGUGGUGUCAAGGAAAAGAAACACCCCUGUGACCACUGUGAUCGACGCUUCUACACUCGAAAGGAUGUUCGCCGACACAUGGUGGUCCACACAGGCCGCAAAGAUUUCCUGUGCCAGUAUUGUGCCCAGCGUUUUGGGCGAAAGGACCAUCUGACACGGCACGUCAAGAAGAGCCACUCGCAGGAACUGCUGAAGAUCAAGACGGAACCUCCGGAUAUGUUGGGCUUACUUGGGACUGGUUCUCCAACUUGUGCUGUGAAAGAAGAAAUAAGCCCUAUGAUGUGUAGCAUGGGACCUAACAAGGACUCUAUGAUGGCAAAGUCUUUCCCCAGUGCCGCGCCUUUCCCCAUGGGAAUGUACAACCCUCAUCAUCUCCAGGCCAUGGCUAAUCCAGGUGUGGGCCACCAUCACUCGCUAGUUUCUGGGACUUUGUCCUCUGCCAUGGGGAUGGGCUGUCAUAUGGAACCUCCUUCAUCGCUGCACCACCAUCACCCACAUCAUCAUCACCAUCACCACCCUCACCAUCACCACCACUCCCCACCUCCGCCCCCUCACCAGCAGCCUUCCUUGCAGAACCAGCAGCAGCAGCACCUGCAACUACCGCCCAAGUACCAGCUCGGACCUACCUCAUACCUGCUGGAGAAGCCCAUGAAAGUGGAGAUGGAAAGUUUCCUGAUGGAUUUACAGAGCGGGCUCCCAGUUCCCCCGCCACCCUCGGUCGGCCCCCACUCGGCAGCUUCGCCCAAUAAGGAGGGUUUGGAACCUCCACCGGGAUUGUCAGAUGACCUUUGCGGGGACCUCCUCAUGUCCAAGAGCCCUGCUGUCAUUGCGGAGUCGUUGUGUGCUGCUAACAUGGACUUCUCUCAUUUGCUAGGCUUUCUUCCACUCAAUCUGCCACCCUACAGCGCCCCCAUGAGUUCAGGAGGACUGGUAAUGGGUUAUUCCACCUCCUCUGUGGUCUCUUCUUCUUCCUCAACAUCAUCAGCAUCCUUGCAUGCUGCCGAACAACACACUGCCACAGCUGCAGUGCCUCUUACCUCUUUGCAACCUCAACCUCAGGAACAGCCAGGUUCUGAUGGGGGCCACGGUCUCGGGCCUCUGCACCCACUCCCACCAGUGUUCAGCUCUAGCCUCAGUACGACCACUUUGCCUCGAUUUCACCAGGCCUUUCAAUGAGGUCCCCACCCCAACCCGGCCUCCACAAGGGCUCAUGGCAGAGGAGCUUUAGAGCUCCCCCUAGGGGUGGGGAGAUAGAACACUUGAACACAUAGAAGCCUUAACAAAAGCACACAAGAGCUUUUAAUAAGCCUGGAGGAAAACACGCAUAGGAAAUAUCAUGGAGGUUUUAUGUAGGCUGUCCGAAUUUUAGCUAUGAUUUUUUAAUACCCUUUUGAACCUCUCCCACCAUCCCCUCUCCUACGAUUUUCUAGUUAGAAAGCAGCAUCAGUGGGCCUUAAGUCAUGGUACUGCAUACUUUAUAAAGUUAUAAUACUAGUAGAAAAUAUAUUAAUGUAGAAAAGAUAAUCUGUCUUUGAGACUCUGAAAGACUAGUUUGAAGUGAUAUAAGAAUAUUUUUUUCCUUUCCAAAUAUGAGACCUGACUUGUUAUAUUUUCGCUGUUCUACUAAGUGAAAAGUCAGGUAAUAGUUUUUGCCCUUAAACUAAAACCGUCUUCAUGACCAGGAGGGAAAGAAUUAGUGAAGGAAAAAAGGAGUACAAUUGGUUUAAAAUGGCACAAAAGCUAUUAUUUACUGAAUAUUUCAACAACCUCAAAAGCCAUUUCAAACAUAUUAUACAGCGUACCUCAUUAGAUGAAAAUGUUAUCUUACAAAAUAAGUGUUCUUCCAGUUCUUAUAUAUUUGUAUUUGUUUUAGUACAGAUUCACUCGUCUGAAAGAACUAAGCUUAUACACAAGCAAAACAGAGGGACUGAAAAUAGAG